UGUUCUGACAGCAAGUCCUAAUAUCACAGUCGGCUUUUAUAAACUCCUGUGUGACUCGACUGCUCAACCUAGAUCUGUCCUAUUCUUAGUUUUCAAUGUGUGAGCGUGGGAGGUAGAUACUGUCUGUUCAUCGGAUUCUGAUGUGUUGCAGUAUUUGCUCAUCAUCGUUUUUCCUCUCUGCACCUUCAUGUCCUUCUUUGACCCUGUGCUCUCAGGAUUUUGACCACCACUGUCCCUGGGUGAACAACUGCAUUGGCCGGAGGAAUUAUCGCUAUUUCUUCCUCUUCCUGCUAUCACUUACCACCCACAUCAUGAACGUGUUUGGCUUUGGCUUGGUUUAUGUCCUGCACCACCGGCAGCAGCUGGACACCCCACACGCUGCUGUUACUAUGGCUGUAAUGUGUGUGGCUGGUCUGUUUUUUGUCCCGGUCGCUGGCCUGACUGGGUUCCACAUAGUGUUAGUGGCCCGUGGUAGGACCACAAAUGAACAGGUGACAGGGAAGUUUCGGGGAGGUGUUAACCCUUUCACCAACGGCUGCAUGAGGAAUAUUUCCCAUGUGCUCUGCAGCUCCCAGGCCCCAAGAUACAUGGGCCGGUGGCGGAGUCCUCAGGCAAUGGAAGUACAGCCACCAUUUCUCAGACCAGCUCUCACUGAGGCCCAGCUAGAGGCCAAGGUCCUGGACAAUGGCAUCCAGAAUGACCGACACAGCACCAGGGUGAGUGAUACUAAAUCCACUUAAACACAAACAACAACA